AUGAACCCCACCGCGACAACAACCACCAGCAGUUACAGCAGUUUCAGAACCGACCUGUACAAGGAUGUGAACACCUUAAUAGAGGAACGUAACCAGAUCAAGAUCGGUUAUACAGUCCUCGAGAGGGAGACUUCAGCCCUCAAACAACAGGUCGCCAACUUUGAGAAGAUGGAGCAACAGCGUCAGAGGGCCGAGGAGGACAAACGCAAGGUUGCGCCUGCUUAG